AUGGUCAGGUUACUUUCCCUGGGCGCUGUGUCGGUCUCCGCCGCUCUUGCGGCCGGAGCGCCCAUCGAAAAGGCGGACGCCGAGUACGACUACGUGAUCGUGGGAGGAGGUCUCACUGGCCUCGUCGCCGCGGCACGUCUGUCCGAGGACGCUGAUGUUUCGGUUCUGGUUCUGGAUUAUGGCACCUUUGACCGCAGCAACAAGACGCAAAUCCCGUACUACGCCACGGUGAUCAGCACGUCCGGGCCAAGCAAUCUGCGCGAUAUCCCUUCUGUCCCAGAGCCGGGUAUGGGAAACCAGACCUUCGGCGUCAGGGUCUCGCAAGUUAUCGGCGGCGGAUCGCAGGUCAAUGGCAUGACAUGGGACUAUCCCUCUGUCGCCGAUAUCGACGCAUUUGAGGCAUUGGGCAACCCAGGUUGGGGUUGGGAGGGCUUAAACCCUUACAUGAGAAAGUCCGUGACAUUUACACCGCCCACGCCUGAGGUUCAAGCGACGUACAACUACUCGUACGACGUAUCUGCAUGGGGCCAAGAUGGGCCGGCGCAAGCCAGCUAUCCUGAUUGGCAAGCCCCUGAUUUGUACAAGAUCAUCGAUGGGUUCAACGAGCUUGGUCUGCCAUUUGUUGAAGAGCACGCAACUGGAGAGGCCAUUGGCCAUUUCUGGGCCCCAUCGUCCAUUAAUCCCGCGAACAAGACGCGUUCUUCGUCGCUGUACGCAUACUAUGACACGGUAUCGUACCGAAGCAACCUUAAGCUUCUGCCGAUGCACCAAGUCCGGGAGAUUCUCUUCGAAGACAGCGCCAGCAGCGUCUCGCCGCUUGUGGCGACCGGAGUCAAGGUUCUGGACCGCUCCAAUAACGAUACCUUGGUGUUCUCAGCGAGGAAGGAGGUUGUCCUCGCGGCGGGCGGCGUCUUCACCCCUCAGUUGCUCCAGUGGAGUGGUAUUGGUCCCAAGGAGGUCCUCGAGGCAGCUGGCAUUGAGACCAAGAUUGACUUCCCCGCCGUCGGGAGCAACUUCCAAGACCACCCUGUGGGCUACAUUAGCUGGACAGUGAAGAACAGCUUCCCCGGUCCCUCAGAGCCAUCCACCAACCAGACUUUCUUCAACGAGGCCUACGACCUCUACCACCAGAACAACACCGGGCCCCUGACCAAGGCACAAGCCACCUACAUCGCCUUCCCCUCCCUGGAGAUGCUCACCAGCGGCGCCGAGUCUCUGGUGGACGCGCUCGAGGCCCAAGACCCCAGCGCCCACCUGCCGGCCAUCUACGCAGGCAACGCCGACCUCCAGGCCGGGUUCGAGCACCAGCGCACCAUCCUGGCCGCCGACCACCGCGCGGGCACGGUCGCGGCAGCCGAGCUCCCCGCGGCAGGGGGCGGGUUCGUGGCGACCGCUGUGAUGAAGCCGAUGUCGCGCGGGACAGUUCAUCUUGACUCGGCGGACCCGUACGGGGUGCCGCUGGUGCUGCACAACGCGCUGACGAACCCGUUCGACCGGUCGGUGCUGCUCGCGGGCGUCGAGUACACGCGCCGGCUGUUUGGCACCGAGGCCACGGCGGACAUGGAGCCCGUCGAGGCCGUCCCCGGGGCGGGCGCGACGACGGCGGACGCUGUGAUCGAUUCGCUGCUAGCUGCCGGCCUGCUUAACCCUACCUUUGCCCACCCCAGCUGCAGCUGCCCCAUGAUGCCACGCAACAAGGGCGGAGUGGUGGACCCCGAGCUGAGGGUCUACGGGACGCAGCGGCUGAGCAUCAUCGACGCGAGCAUCCUGCCGCUCAUCCCCGCCGCGCACCUGCAGGCCACCAUGUAUGCUGUUGCUGAGAAGGCCAGUGAUAUUAUCAAGAGCAGGGCGUGA